GAGCGGCCGACUACAUUAUACGAUUGAUAUAUAGGUAGUACGCGGAUGGUUCUUUGUGCGUGCGAGAAGAGCAAGUGCCGACGCUUUAUUUUUAGUAAUAUAGAUACAUAUUCGGCUGAGAUAUUAUUUUAUAUCGAGCACUGGAUCGCGCCACCUCUUUAACGAGUACUAUUGUCGUCAUACUAUCCUGCAAUUACACCUGAAAAAAGAAGAUGCAACAAUAACAUCACAGAGCAGUAUCAUAAAAUAAAUUGUUUACAACUUUUGCAAUAUAUUAAAAUAAUAUGCCUGACUUGAAAUAAAAAAGGAAUAAAGAAACGCUUAUAAACAGAUAUAAAUUUGUCUUUGUAUAUCAGAUAAAGAGUAUUUUAAUUUUCAAAUUGUAAAAUGUAUUUUGGAUGCAAAUGUUUGAAUGUAUCCAUUAAAACUAAGGGGAGUGAGUUAAACGAUGUCAAUAUUAAUGAUGCAGAACUGAACAUAAAAGAACAAGCUGAGAUUUAUUUUGAUAAUAAUAUUGCUAUGGUGAAAGAUUUGGAUACUAUAAAGAAAGAACAUCCUGCUCUGGUAGAAGUUAAAAAUGUAGAUGGAUGGGCUGUUUACCGCUGUUAUAAUUGUAUGACAUACACUCAUGCAAUGCAUCAGGAUUAUGGAGCCACUUUGGUUCUGGUCAACGCCAAUAUUAUUACAUCUGAAAAAGAAAUAAAUAAUUUGAAGACUAGUAAUAGCUAUAGUCCAGUUUUUAGAAUAAUUAUUGAUUCCAAUAAAAUGCAAGAGAUGGAAUCACUUGAGCCACAAAUUAAAUUUUCAGUGUCUCAUUUACCUAGUAAUUCAAGAUUGGCUCUUGCCAUAUUAGAACAGCAGCUUGAACAAGCGAUUCAGCAACAAGCUCAUUUAAUCGAUUCAAAAAUUCGUGAAUUCACUAGACAGCAGUAUGAGAUAUUGGAUAAAUUCAAAGAGCGUGCUCAUUCUGAACAUUCUUUUCUAACAAGAUUGAUUUGUAGUGAACAAAAUACCAUAAAUGGUACAAAUUAUACAGAAACUUUACCUGCAGCUGUGCACUCUAUUCAGCCAAAUAAAACUACCUCAGUGAAUGAUGCUACAGAUACGACAGCAAAUCUAAUUUCAAGAAAUUCUACAGUUAGUCUGCAUUCACCCCACAAGUCAUAUAAUAUUGGUCACAUUAAUGGUAAUAGCCAGAAUAGUGACUCACAAAUUAGAGAUGCAAGUAGCUAUGAUGGAGAGCCUUUAUUUUUACUUGAGGGAAUGGAUGACAGUCCACCUUUAAUGAAUAGGCACCACAUACAAGUUUCUGAUCAGGAAUCUGAUACUGACGAUUCUGGCAAUGAAGUAAUUCACGUACCUCGUAAUCAUAGAAGUGGGCAUCCAACAUUAGCAAAAUCUUUGCCUGUCACGGUACCUACUUUUCAUUCCUUUAGUCAGCGUUUAGCAAUACAAGACGACGAUGAUGAACAGAUUUCCAGAGAUCCUAUGGAUCCCCACAACAUACAAGCUUCUAUAAAAGCCUUAGCUAAAAGUGUACAUGGUGAUACAGUUUUUGGUGAUCUACCUCGUCCUCGAUUUUCGACUAAAAUGUGACUCGAUUUGCUGGCAAGAAUCGCCAGAAUGCUUUCGAGAAUUUGAGAAUAAAUAUGUGAUGCUAUUUCUUUUUAUUAUUAUGACAUAUGUACGUCAAUCAUUAUUUUUAUUUUUUUAUAUCUACAAAUUGCCACUGCUGUGUACGAAGUUGGUUUACAAAAGUUACAAUUACUGCAUUAUUAUUAAGAAAAGUUUUAAUCUUAGCUAUUAUUUUGAAAACUGAUCAGAUUGUAAAGAGAAUUAGUAGAUUACAAGAAAAAGGUAGACAUUUCGAUGGUUAAAAGAAAAAGAUCAGCAAUUUAUACUGAUAGCAGGCAUCAUUUUUGCUAUAUUGACAAUGAAUGACUAUUUUUGUUACAUUCAUGUAAACAUGGCGUGCGUAUGCAUAUCUUAAAUAACAGAACCUAAUGUUUUUGUGCUAGUAAGUUUCUAAAAAUAGUGAUGGCCACGUUGUACAGAAAACAUUUUAACCUUUUCUUUGGAAAAAAAAUCAAAUUGAAUUUUUGUAUGAACUAUAUAGUUGAAAUGUAAUUUUAAUCUUGUCAUUGUUUUUGAAAAUCUACAAAAAACGUGCUUCAAAUCUUGUAUGAAAUGAAAUGUAAAAAGUUUGGAAUUGAAAUAUUUGUUUUACUAUAGUACAAUAUUCUUGUAAAUAUAGAUCAAAAACUUAUUUUUGACAAUUUGUGAAAACUAAUACAGAUGAAACUAUUAAUGAGCUUAUUUUCUAACAAUGAAAUUAAAUACUUAAAUAAUUUUCUAUUUUAUUAUUGAAAAAAGUAAAUUUACUAUUGUGUAUUAUCCACAAUGUUCUUGUUGUCUUAUAGUAAAUUUUAUAUUAUCAGAUAUUUCAAUUGAAUUAAAAAAUGGUACAUUAAAAAUGUGAACUUAGAUAAAAAUGAAUAGAAAGUUUCUGUUAUAAAGUUGGAAUAAUACGAAACAAACAAUACGAAAAAUAGUACAGGAAAAGCUUUUAAAAAAUUAUGUCAAAAAUAUCAUUUAAUUCUAAAUAAGUGUACACGUUUAUACUUCCAUAAACUACGCUCGACUGAUCUCCGAAUACUCUGCAAAUAAUAUACGAGUGCAAGUAUACAGAAUAAAUUACUGUUAAUGACUAAACAACGAGCUG